AUGACAACUCUUGCGAAGGUAUUUACACAUAAAUCAACUUCACCGGCCAUUAUCAUUCCAAAUAGUGGGGUAGAACUCUCGUACUCUCAGUUAUUUAAACAAAUCAAUUCACUUCAACAACAACUUAUUGAAAAAUGUAAUAUAGGAUCACAAGAAGUUAUUGCAAUUGUAUUACCAAAUUCGUUAGAAUUUACGGUUGCAUUUUUAGCAAUUACGUUGUUUCGAAAUAUAGCGGCACCGUUAAAUCCAAAUUAUGCAGAAGAUGAAUUUAAAUUUUACAUAGAGGAUUCCAAAAGUAAAGUGAUGAUUGUACCACAAGGUUGGGUACAACAAAAUAAACCUGCCGUAAAGGCCGCUAAAGCUUUUAAUGCAGUAAUUUUUGAAAUAGCAUGGGAUAAUCAUAACCAACAAAUUAAUUUGGGAGUUCAGAGUGGAAAGGCGAUAGGGGGAAAGUUUAAAGAGCGAGAUCCUUAUCAUACCGAUGUCGCCCUCUUGUUACAUACAUCCGGAACGACCGGACGUCCCAAAGGUGUCCCACUUACUCAUCAUAAUAUCAUAACCACCAUGAGUAAUAUAAUUCGCACAUAUAAUUUGGUUCCAAGCGAUCGCACUUUAUUAGUAAUGCCACUUUUCCAUGUUCAUGGUUUAAUAGGUGGAAUGCUAUCCACUUUGUUAUCUGGAGGGACAGUCGUAAUUCAGCCUAGAUUCUCUGCGACUGAUUUUUGGAAACACUUUUUACAAUAUGAAUGUACUUGGUACACUGCUGUGCCAACAAUCCAUCAAAUUUUAUUACGCCAUCCUCCUCCAAACGGAGGAGCCCCUAAAUUACGUUUCAUUCGUUCAUGCUCAUCAUCACUUGCACCGAGCACUCUAAGUGAACUUGAAAAAAUAUAUCAAGCACCUGUAUUGGAGGCUUACGCCAUGACCGAAGCAGCACAUCAAAUGACCUCCAAUCCAUUACCACCCUUACCGCAUAAACCUGGAUCGGUUGGGUUUGGUCAAGGAGUUCAAGUAACAAUCUUGGAUCAAAAUGGAAAUCCAACUGAAGAAGGCGAAGUUUGUAUUAAAGGCGCAAAUGUAACAUCAGGGUAUCUUAAUAAUCAAUCAGCUAAUGAAUCAUCAUUUACAAAAGAUGGUUGGUUUAGAACAGGUGAUCAAGGUAAAUUUGAUAAAGAUGGAUACUUAUUUUUAACGGGACGUAUUAAAGAAUUGAUUAAUCGUGGAGGAGAAAAAAUUUCUCCUUUGGAGAUUGAUUCGGUUCUUUUAUCACAUCCUUCAGUUGCUGAAGCUGUUUCUUUUGCUGUACCUGAUGAAAUGUAUGGACAAGAAGUUCAUGCUACCGUGAUUUUGAAAAAGGAACAACCAAUCAGUGAAAAAGAAUUACAAGAUUAUUGUGGAAAACAACUUGUUAAAUUUAAGGUACCAAAGAAAAUUUACUUUACUGACGUUAUGCCUAAAACUGCUACCGGUAAAAUUCAAAGAAAGAAUAUUAGUGAAAAGUUCUUUAAACCUGACAAGGCUAAAGCAAGAUUGUAA